AAGACUGAGGUGAUAUCUGCAUUAAUCUCUUCACAUCCAGAGCAUCAUCAUCAUCAGUCAUGAUCUCUCGCGCUCUCCUUCUGGUUCUGCUGGUUCUCGCCUGUCUUCAGUCCUUCACCAAGGCUCAGAAUGCAAACGGACCAAAGAAAUGCUGUUUCACUUAUCAGACAAAUCGAGUCCCUGUUAAAUACAUCGCAAGAUAUGAAAUAACAGAGGCUCUGUGUUCAAAACCUGGAAUCAUCUUUACCAUGAAAGAUAGUCGUCCGGUGUGCGCAGAUCCCCACGUCGACUGGGUGAAGAGCAACAUGAACAAACUUGACCAGCAAUCACCAGUCUUUAAAUCCUUUGUCCAUUAAUACCAGUGUUUAUAUCUGUUUG